UUGCUGAAGAUUGAAUGGGCAGUAGCCCCAGUAGCCCUACCUAGGUACUACGUAGUAGUAUAUACGUACUAGGUAGCCCUAGUACCACGGUCCACGGUACCCCACUAAUGGCUCGACUAGAACCCUGACGGCCAAAUCAAUUUCUAUGCCGAUCCUCUCGAUCAAAAAAUUUACUGCAAAUGCAUAAUUGCGUAUACCUACAAUCGCUCGUCCUGGUCACAAAAGACGGGAAGUGUUUAGAUCAUGAGGAGCAAUUUAGGGAGCCUAAGUCAGCAGCUCUCGAGAGUAGCAGCACGACAGAGAGUCCGCAAUGGGUGGAUAUGCCAAUCUUGUAGAGUCAACCAGGCGCGGUGCAAGCCGUUCAGCACCAGCUCAGCUCUCCAGAAGGCCAUAGACAAUCCCUAUUAUGUGACAACGCCGAUCUUCUACGUCAAUGCCGCUCCCCACGUCGGCCACCUUUACAGCAUGCUGGUCGCGGACGUCCUGAAGCGGUGGCAGGUCCUGAAGGGCAACCGCGCGAUCCUGAGCACGGGCACCGACGAGCACGGCAUGAAGGUCCAGCAGGCGGCCCGGCUUCAGGACCUACACCCCAAGGCGAUGUGCGAUGCGAAUUCCGAGGCGUUUAGGGACCUGGCGAAUAAGGCGAACAUCGACUACGACUUCUUCAUACGGACCACGGAUCCCCAGCACAAGGAGGCGGUGGAGUUCUUCUGGAACAGGCUGAAGGAGAGCGGAUACAUAUACGAGACCGUGCACGAGGGCUGGUACUGCGUCAGCGACGAGACGUACUACCCCGAGAACAUGAUCGAGAAGCGCAUCUCCCCGCUGACAGGCAAGGGGUACAUGGCGUCGGUCGAGACGGGGAACAUGGUCGAGUGGCAGGAAGAGCACAAUUACCACUUCCGACUGACGGCUUUCAAGGAUAGGCUGUUAAAGUUCUACGCUGCUAACCCGAGGUUCAUGUUUCCGCAGGCGAGGUUUCAUGAGAUGGUUGACUGGGUCGAGAACAACCUCGAGGACUUGUCUAUAUCCCGUCCGACAAGCCGUCUUGAGUGGGGCAUUCCCGUACCGGACGACCCGAAGCAGGUUAUCUACGUGUGGGUAGAUGCUUUGAUCAACUACCUCACGGUGACUGGGUAUCCCAUGUGGCCGCCCGGAGCGGAACAUACGAAGGGCUGGCCGGCUAAUGUUCAUGUGGUUGGAAAAGACAUCAUGCGCUUCCACUGCGUGUAUUGGCCUGCGCUGCUUAUGGCGGUGGAUCUGCCUUUACCGAAGACCGUUGUUAGCCACGGUCACUGGUUGAUGGGCAAGCAGAAGAUGUCUAAGUCAACCAGAAAUGUGGUGAACCCUUUCUUCGCGCUAGAUAGAUGGGGCGUGGAUGUCAUGCGAUACUUCCUUAUACACAAGGGCUCCAUGGCCAAAGAUUCCGACUAUAGCAACGUGUUCAUCGUAGAUCAGUAUAAGAAGGGCCUGAAGAAUGGUCUUGGCAAUCUUCUCAACAGGGUCACGCAGCCAAAGCAAUGGAACUUGAGGGACGCGGUGAUAGCUUGCUGCGGUGACAUGUUUGAUCAGUUUACGGGAGACAUUGCUGACCAAAGACGGCGGAUACAGACACUCUUACCCACGGCUGAAGAACACAUGGACAAAUUUAAUCCUCGUCGGGCAUUAAGGGGUAUCAUGGCAGUUAUAUAUGAUACACAAGUAUAUCUGAGCAACACAGAGCCAUGGAACAAAACCGCUGAGGAAGACAGGAAGGAGGUCAACCAGAUCGUAUUCCAUGCAGCUGAGACUCUACGGGUAGCGGGGAUACUGCUGCAACCAUUUAUGCCGGAGAAGAUGAGCGAGCUACUGGAUGUGCUAGGAGUCAGUAUUGAUCGGAGGACGUGCCAGUAUGCAAAGUUGCAAGUGGAUUAUAGCUAUGGGACGCCUUUCGUGCCGAUUGUGAAGGGUGCGGCGGGAAGCUUGUUCCCACCUAUACCUGUGGAGGAUUGAAUGAAAGAGAAAGAAAAGAAGAAAAGAAGAGAAAAAAAGGAAAAAAGAAAAAAAAGAAAACAAGAGGGUUCAAUGACCGAAUGACUGAAUGUAUAAUAGAUGCGAAUUGUGACGAUACCCUGAACAAAUUCCCCCUUUACUGUUCCCUCUACUCCGUGACUCUGUUUGCC